AUGAAAGAAAAAUCUGACACAUUUUCAAAGUUUAAAGAGUUUAAAGAGUUUAAAGAGAUAGUUGAAGGAGAAGUGGGGAAGAAGAUUGUCUAUCUACGCACAGAUAAUGGAGGAGAAUAUACCUCAAAUGAAUUCUGCCAGUAUCUACGAGAGUCUCGCAUAUGUCAUCAGUUCACAUGUGCCAACACGCCACAACAGAAUGGGGUAGCGGAGAGAAAGAACCGGCAUCUUGCAUAG